GCCAGCUUCGUCACUGGUGAACACAAACCGAUGUAUGGUGGCGUGAUUCACCGUCAACAGCAAUCACAAUCGUGCCUGGGCAUCAUCACUUCAUGCAGACCUGAUUGAGGCAACAGCUUGGACGCUGCCUCACGUCAACCUUCUCACCACCACAAUGCGCGCGCCCGUCUAGAGCAACUCUUGUAUCACAACAACACCGAUAAACGCGUCAACCAUGGCAUCUUCCAUGUCAUCCACCUUCACGACCGGCGAGAGGCGCAAGAAGGUCAUCACAUACGGCAAAUUGUCCCGUCUUCCGCCACCGCGACAGAGCCUCCUCGAAGAUGAUGCGCCUUCCCCCGAGCGACCGCAUAAGUACACUGCGCCUUCGAGCGGGCCAUCAGCAGAAUAUGAAGGACUCACGAAGUCUGUGCGACCCUCUGCGCAUGCGCGUGCAGUUACUACCAGUCCUGAUGUCUUCGAUGUACCCUCCGAAGACGAAUUCGGAUUCCCAUCGACACCGCCUGCAAAACGAUCAGUGAUACAGCGUAGCAAGACGGAAAGGGUUCCACGCGCCAAUGUAGUGAAGAAGCCAGCUAAUGUUCCGGGUCGUACAGCUACAACAGCGCCUCGGCCUCCACAGAAGUCCGCGAUUGCGAAACCGGCAGAAGUCAAGACAAGAGUGUUGCAGGAGCAGAUCAGAAUGCAGCGACUGAUGCAGGAUAAGGACACACAGGCGAGGAUACAGCCGGCGAACAAAACAUCACAGGCCAAGGCAUCACGAGCUACAGUUGAGCAGAGGCAGGUUGGUGGGGGUGGUCAGCGACUACAACGAUCGAUUACGUCCUCUAAAGACGCAUCGCGAGCCACGACACCAGAUAUAGUCCCACAGCCCAUGCCAAAGUCGCAGUCAGUGCGGGCAACUACAUCAGUCAUCUUGAGAAAGACCGCGAAACCUGCGACCAAACAGCCUGUGAGUCUGGAUGUGUUCGACGUACCGUCAGAUGAAGAAGCUGCGUCUUUGCCCAUCCCGGCAGCACCUCGUCAAACGUCUCGUUCUUUAUCAAAGGUGAAGGCGAAGCAACCGGAAUCUCGCAAUGCCCCAUCAUUUGAUCUGACGCGGAAGCCGAGCGAGCUUGGAAACCUGCAUAAUCGAAAGCGCAAGGGAUCCGAGUCUCUCGCGACUGUACCCUCACCAGCUUCUGAACCUACGCAGGAAGUAGCAAGAUUACAGCGAGACCGCAAGAUACCUAAGCGGCAGACAGGAACAUCUCCAGGGCUUGAGUCAACCAAAGCGCCAGCUGCUCGUCCAGAACUACAGGCUACGUUUUCCGAGUCUGUGAUCAAUAAGCCAAAAAGGACAAGAACGCGCACUGUACCAGUUGUGAGCCAGCCGGCGAUGUUCAAGGGCCAGUCUUCGCCAGCAGUGCUACAUAAAAUGUUGCAAGCCACAAAAUCAUCUUACGAAGACUCGUCCGAAGUACCUGCCUCUGAUGAUACCAUGUAUGACAUCUCAGACCCGGUCACAACACCCAUCCGCCCAAGGCCCUCGACGAAAACCACAGCUUCAACGCCGGGCUCCGUGACCCCCCGUCAAAAGGAUCUUUUCAGUACACUGUUAGGUGGCACAGCUGCACCGAAAACCCCAGCUUCGGCCCUUGCCGCUCUGCAGCUGACAGACAAGAAGCCGAGGUCUCUGCUCGGUGCUCUCGCAAGAUCAAAGUCUGACGUCGCUUACAGCAGCCAGUCUCGAAAGACCCGAUUAAUAGAUACCCUCAAGGACGACGACACGAGCUCUGAAGACGAGGGCAGCGAGAGCGACGAAGAAGCUGACAGCAGCAUUAUUACGACUCUUGGUGUGGACAACGACAAGACUCCGGUGCAGACGAGGCGCAUGGUCGUCGAGGAGGCUAGCGAAGACGACAUCAUGAACGAAAAGGCAGCAGGAGAUUCACAAACCUCACAAAUAUCUUCUGGGGUGACCACUCGACCAAGACUUACAUACGCCACUCAACGGUCCUAUCUACAAGAAGCAAAUCCAGAAGACGAGUUUUUAAUGUCCAUGGAAAUGGACGACACCUGGAACAUGGACUCGCACACUGUUUCCACGGAUGACGAAGACGGCCCUACGAGUCAGCCACGGACCUAUCACGAGCUGAAGAAAUACGGCCAGAACACCAUGUUCUCUUGGGACAUGGAGGAAUCGAUCCGUGAGAUUUCAGAUGCAUCUAAUCGGAGCGGACGGCGCAGCGCCAUGAUGGACCUGUGUACCAAGAUGGCUGAUGCUGGGUUCAUCAGUCAGCUUCUCGACUCUGGGUUCAUGCAUAGACUCCUUGAGAACAUCGUCACUCCCACUGACCCCAUCUUCGACUUUAUCGCGGCAGUCUCGGUCUUAUUUAUUCUCCAAACGAAGCCCACAUUUGCCGUGGUUGAUCAGAUACACCAAUCCGGCAUCACGACAACUUUGCUCAGCUUGGUCGACAAGGAUACCGAUAUCUCAAGGGUCGCACGCGAUCGCAAGUCCAAUAUGUCGAAGAUUGCCCAAGAUUCUCUAGCCGACUUCCUCGCGGUGGUUCUGGCAGCCAAGGCGUGGUCUUCAAGUACACCAGAGAAAGUGUCUCCUCAAAUCGUUGCACUCACAACAAUCGACCUGCUAGUCCAAAGUCUUCGAGAGUCUGGCAGCACGGACGCUUUGUUGACCCCGACCGAUGUUUCCAAGGUCGUCAACGCGUGCUCAUUCCCGUCUAGUCGCAUCAAGGCCGCCAAGGCUUCUCCUCAGGACAUGCUGGUUCUCGACCUGGCAAUAUCAGUACUGGAGACAGUGUCAAUCGUGGAUCAAGAUUACUCGACAUGGCCGACUAAAACUCUCCAGCAGCUGUCUGAGGUGAUCUCAGUCUUCUUUGAAAGUGGAGAUCUCACCAAGACGGUGGAGGCGAUGAAGCUCUGCAUGAACUUAACAAAUAACAAAUCGAAAGCCUGUCAGCCGUUCUCUACUCGAACCUUUCUGCAGCCUCUAAUACACUUCCUUGUCAGCUCUUUCAAGCUAUUGAACACCGGCACGCUGGAGGAAGACCGCCAGGCCGCGUUGACUCUCAGCCUGGGCGCGAUUAUCAAUCUCGCUGAACUCAGUGAUCAGGCGCGACUCAAUGCAGUCGCCAAUACCAACUCAAUCGAGGAGCUCGUCAGAACUUACAUAGUUGGCUCUGAACGAGCGGCUCAGGCCACCUCUGUUGAAGAAUCAGAGGUCGGUGUCAAGAUCAACUUUCUCGGCGUACUACUGGGCAUGCUCUGCCUCAAUGCCACUGUUCGGUCUAAAGUACAGGUCUUACUUCCAGGUCAGCAGCUGAAGCUGUUGCUCCAAAAUAUGCGGGUAUUUGCCCGCAUCCACGAGACGGUGGACGAGAAGACAGCCAGACGCUUCGAAGGUGCGGAAGGACAGGAAGCUUUGAACAACUACUACGUGCGAAUCAUGCAUGUCGUGGAGAAGUUGGAAGGCGCAAAAGCAUGAGCGACGAUGUUGAUGCCAGGAAGCACGCAGAGUCUAUCACGGAAGCGUGGCAUACGAACCUCUUUUCGGAGUUGGAUACCCCGACUGCUCGACGGUCUCUCAUACAGCGUGGGAGGGUCGUUUGAAGAUAUAACACGAUACCCGGUGUAUGGUUUGCGGAAUUUGCUAGUAUACAAUGGACCACAACAUACGGAUCCUCUCGAUAUGGAUAGUCCGGUGUUAACUGUACAAAAGAACUCUACUGCACUCGCUACUGAUCAGUGCGCUGCGUCUUUCGUGAACACAUGCAGGGCCGCUAUCGGUCCCAAACGGCGUCCAGACAAGCGUUCCACAGACGCGUGGGUAUCUCACCGAGUACUCACA